AUGGUCCUUGAUGUUGAAAUUUACCUUGCUGCAAAAGCUCUUGAAAAUACUAUUAUACAAGGAAAUGAAGCAUCAGGCCAGGAUAAGGCAAAGGCUAUGAUUUUCCUUCGUCAUCAUCUCGAUGAAGGAUUAAAAACUGAAUACUUAACCUUGAAAGAUCCAUUUGAGAUAACUUCCCAGCUUAAAUUAUGUGGGGAAACUGUAUAUGUUGAUGACUUAUUAGAAAAGGCUCUUUCUACUUUUCAUGCCUCAAAUAUGAUAUUGCAGCAGCAAUAUCGUGAAAAGGGUUUAAAGAAAUAUUCUGAAUUAAUCUCUUGCAUCCUGGUGGCUGAGCAAUAUAAUACCCUUUUAAUAAAAAAUCAUGAAAUCCAUCCCACUGGAUCUGCACCAUUUCCCGAAGUGAAUAUGGUAGCAGCGGAUCAAAAGUAUGAAAGAAGACAAAAUAAUUAUCGUGGCCGUGGCCAUGGUCGUGGACAUGGACGUGGACAUGGAAGGGGACGAAAUAAUUAUCGUCAUCAUCGUGGGAAUAAACAAAAUAAUAAUAAUAAUAAGGAUCCUCAAAAUAAUCCUUUAAAAGGUAGAGUUAAUAUUUGCUACCGAUGUGGUAUGAAAGGUCAUUGGGCACGUGUUUGUCGUACACCUAACCAUUUUAUCAAACUAUAUCAAGCCUCCAUUAAAAGAAAAGAGAACAAUGUGGAGGCAAACUUGAUUUUUCAAAAUAAUAAUGAUGAAGCAGGUCCCUCAAUCAAAUAUGAUAAUGUUGAGACAAAUCUUGCAUAUAAAGAUGAUGAUUUUGGAGGCCUUGCAAAUACUACUCAUUUAGAAGUUGGAGACUUCUUUAAGGAUAUUGAAUGA